AAACCAUACAGAAACCAGGGAGACUAUUAGAAUGAACAAGUCAAAUUCGCCUAUCAGUUCCGAUGCCGACGCAGCGUUACUAUGCGCCGCUGGAAAAGUCGCGUCGCUGGCUGCUGGGAACUCCCAACUAUGGCACCAAUUUCAAAGGAUCCCACUUUUGACGAUCACAAUGAGCUUAAUUCUACUCUCUGUGUCUGCUUUCAAGCUUUUUAACACAUCCUGGGCGGAGAUAGGGAAGAAGAACAAGGUCACUAGACAAGCGAGACGAAUGCUCUGGGCUCUUGAACGUCUUUUCGUCAUUGAUCUUGCGAUUUCUAUACUCAAGGCUUGCUCAAUUCUUUGGAUAGCUCGACAAAAAUGUGACGUUCCAAAAUCAUAUUAUAACGCCUACGAAUACCUCGAGUCAAUUGAUGGAUUUUUCCUCUCACUAGCACAUGCAGGCGUUCUGUUGCUCGUUGGAGAACUGGGCCUUCUAUUCUGGGGCCAGCCCGGAGAAAGGCAGCAAAUACGAAGCUUCUGGUUCAUAUUACGUCAAGCCGCUCACGCCCUUGGCUGGAUGAUGGCGGUAGGCGUCGUUGGAAUACAAAUAUCGAUUUCAAUUAUGAAGCAAUACCAUGUCCUGGGGCUGCCAGGAGCGGGGGACUUACGCCUUGUAUCGCAAGACCUUGCUUCAGAAGGCAUGAUCAAGAUCCUGCUCUUCUUUAUAGGGCUCCUAUUAUGUAUACCAUUCCAAUCAGUGGGAGGACCAUGGUUGUGGGGCAAUUUGCUCCUAACCACCGCUACCUGGACUUGGCGACUCGCCAGAGUCUAUGAAAAGAAGGGCCUGGAUGAGAUUACCGCUCAUGUCGUUGCAUUAAUUGUAGACAUUUUCUAUGCGAGACUGCCAACUGUUUUUCUCUUGGCCAUGUUUACCUUCUUCUUGCGACCAGGUCGAUGAACGGUCAGGUAAGCUUGAGCAGGGCAGCUUGUAAUUCUUCCACCCCCGAUACUCUUUCCAGGCUCUGGUAGAAAAUUUGAAGAGUUUGAGACCUCCUUCUCCUUUAUAUUGCGCUGCGGAAUUUUAACCUUUCACCACAAUAUUCAACAUACAGAUCCAGCAGGGAUAACAUCAUGACUAUAUAUCAAAUUCUCAGACCAGACUUCUCAAGUAUGG